UAAACAUGAAAAUAAGAUUGAAAAUUUUAUGUUUACUGAUAUAUAUAGGUCGUGUUGAUGUGGUGUAUCCAUCCGUGGAAACUUCCAGAUCUGGAGAAAAGACAAUUAAAUUUAAAGCGCUGGACCAAGACAUCGAAUUGAAACUGAAACCAGCAGGCGAAAUAUUGGCAACAAACUUCGCACUCGUAGACGAAAAUGACCAAAUGUAUUAUUCAAUCGACGUAGAAGACUUGAAAAGAAGAAUCUACAGAGAUAGUGAUAAGGGAGCAGCACUUUUGAUCGAUGAAGACGGGCCUCUUACUAUUCAAGGAAUAGUUAAUUCGAAUAUGAGAAUAGCACCUUACGAGUCGGGAAGAAUGGUUAAAGAUGGAAGAAUAGCGCAUCAAAUUGUGGAAGUUAUAAGUGACAAAAACUCCUUUAUGAAUGACGUUGUAACUACUGAUAUUAAUAGAAAACUGGAAAACGUAGAGAAAACAGCAGAGGAAAAUAAAUGUAUUGUUAUAGAAUAUUUGUGUGUAACAGAAAGUAAUUUUACUAAGCGUUUUAAUACAGAUAAGGAUUUAACAGAAUACGUAACCAUAUUAUUUACUGGGGUUCAAAACCUACUGGAAAAAUUAAACUUGGGAAUAAAAGUUCGUUUACUGGGAAUUCAAGCAUUUAAGAUAGCAACCGAACCUUCUUUCAUCAAACAUAGUGCCAUUCGCGGUCACGAAAAACAUCUUGAUCCGGUUGAUCUAGUUGUAAAUAUGGGGAAAUAUUAUUGUAAAAAUGACAGUGGUUUAGCAAAGGAGGCAGAUAUAAUUAUGCUUAUACUUAGUCGUAAAUUAGGCGAGUUAGAAGAUGAUGGUACCGUCUCUUUUAAUACUGCGGGUAUUUCGCAGGGUGGAGGUGUUUGUAUCAAAUGCCACAAAGUCGGAGUGGCCCAAGACGAUUCGGAUUACAACGAAAGAGUCGAUACCGUUGCUCACGAAACGGCCCAUCUAAUCGGAAGCCCACACGAUGGGGAAGGACCCGAAGAAAUGAGCAUUCCUAAUAAUCCGGGUGCCAAAAAUUGUCCCUAUGACGACGGUUAUAUAAUGGGAAGUGACGAUGAUAAAGUUAACAAAUUCAAAUUUUCCGAGUGUACUAAGAAAUGUAUUGAACAUUUAUUAUCAUUACCUCGAGCAGCCUGUCUUUAUAAAGAUUGCAAAUGAAUUUUAUUAAAUAAAUGAAUAUUUUAUAUUUUAAACACCUUAAAAAUAAGCGAAAGAAUGCUUAUGUAAUUAUAAAUUUAUGAAAAAAAAAUUGUAGAUUUUCAAGAAAAGUUAUGUCAGUUUUUUCAAUACUUAAUUACAUAUAAUGCUAGAUCAGCACCUACAUAAUUAAUAAUUAAUCGUAAUUCUAAAGUCAAGGAGUUUUUAUUGUCACUUUUCAACGAAAAUUCGGUCUCUGCUGCAAUUUCAGUGGUCUGGUUGAGUAAAUAAAACUACUUAACACUGGUUUGAGUUCUCUCCUAACAGUCUGUGAAGUUCUACUAAUUAUCUUCACUUAAAUAUAGUCUCAUGAAAAGUCCUUCCGGGUGGCACUUCCCCUUUGCACAUUGUCCAUGUGUUGUGUUUGCCUUACUUCAGUAUUCUCCAACCUUUGGGGCCCGAGACUUUUGUAAGGAAGCCCGCAGCUUUUAUCAAAUAAUCACUUUUAAAUACAAACAAACAAAAAAAAA